AAUUCCAAAUUUAGGGAAUUUUUUACUUGUUUUUCUGACACAGUGUAAAAUUUUAACUCAACUAUAAUGGCCGAUAGAAAGAAUCUCUUGCUGUUGUUCGAUCGCCCCAAUGAGCCGGUGUUCAUGGAAAAGGGCAAAUCGCCCACGGUCUUCGAUGUGCCUGACAAAUUCUUGACCGAUCGCUAUCGUCCCAUAGGCAAUGAAGUCCAAAGCCGUUUUGGUGAAAAAGCUGAACAUCGUGUGCCAGUGCGAGAAAUCUCCUUGCCCGAUUUGCGUAUUCCCAUGUCCUUGGGCCGUGAGGAACAAUUCUCGUUGUUUGUGCCACGCCAUCGACGCAUUGCUGGACGUUUGAUAGACAUUUUCUUGGGCAUGAAAACCAUCGAUGACCUACAGAGUGUUGCCGUCUAUGCCCGUGAUCGUGUGAAUCCUUACCUCUUUAAUUAUGCCUUGUCGGUGGCCCUAUUGCAUCGUCCUGACACCAAGGGCUUGGACUUGCCUUCUUUCGCCAUGAACUUCCCCGACAAAUUCGUUGACUCCACAGUCUUCCGUCAGGUGAGGGAAGAAGCCACUGUGGUGCCAGAAGGUUCGCGCAUGCCCAUUGUGGUUCCCCGCGAUUAUACCGCCUCCGAUUUGGAACCCGAACAUCGUCUAUGGUACUUCCGUGAGGAUAUGGGCAUUAAUCUGCAUCACUGGCAUUGGGCUAGUGACCGCACCAUUGUGGCCAAAGAUCGUCGUGGCGAGCUGUUCUACUACAUGCAUCAACAGAUUAUAGCCCGCUAUAACAUGGAACGCUUCAGCAACAACUUGUCGCGAGUGGUGCGCUUCAAUAAUUUCCGCGAACCCAUUGUCGAGGGCUACUUCCCCAAAAUGGACUCUUUAGUGGCCAGCCGUGCUUGGCCACCACGUUUCGAUAACACCAGGCUGAGCGAUUUGAAUCGUGAAUUGGAUCAAAUCAAUUUGGACAUUGCCGAUUUGGAAAGAUGGCGCGAUCGCGUUUUCGAGGCCAUCCAUCAAGGCUUUGUGGUCGAUGGCAGUGGCAAUCGCAUUGAGUUGGACGACAUGCGUGGCAUUGAUGUUUUGGGCAACAUGAUGGAGGCCUCUGUCAUUUCACCCAAUCAAGCGGUAUAUGGUGAUUUCCAUAAUAUGGGUCAUGUUUUCAUUUCCUAUGCCCAUGAUCCCGACCACCGUCACUUGGAGUCCUUUGGAGUAAUGGGUGAUUCAGCCACCGCUAUGCGUGAUCCCGUUUUCUACAGAUGGCAUGCCUAUAUUGACGAUAUCUUCCAGGAGCACAAGACCCGGCUGACGCCCUACACCUUGCCCCAAUUGCAAUACGAUGGCAUUUCCAUAUCCGGCAUCCAGGUGGCCUCUGAUGGAGGUCAACCCAACAUUUUGUCUACCUUCUGGCAGCAAUCUGAUGUUGAUUUGUCGCGUGGCAUGGACUUUGUGCCUCGUGGCAAUGUCUUUGCCCGUUUCACUCAUUUGCAACACACUCCCUUCACCUACACCAUCAAUGUGAACAAUGAGGGUGGUGCCCAACGUUUCGGUACAGUGCGUAUCUUCUUGGGACCCAAGACCGAUGAGCGUGGCCAACCCUGGCUAUUGAGAGAUCAGCGUUUGAUGAUGGUGGAAUUGGACAAAUUUGUGGUACAAUUGAAUCCUGGCCAAAAUACCGUACGCCGCCGUUCGAAUGAGUCCAGUGUCACCAUUCCCUUUGAGCGUACUUUCCGUAAUUUGGACAGCAAUCGUCCUGGUGAAGGUUCUGCCGAAGAAUUGGAAUUCAAUUUCUGCGGCUGUGGCUGGCCUCAGCAUAUGUUGAUCCCCAAGGGCCUGCCCGAGGGUAUGCGUUGCGAGUUGUUUGUUAUGGUCUCCAACUACGAAGACGAUCGCGUUGACCAAGAUUUGGUUGGAGCUUGCAGUGAUGCUGCCUCCUAUUGUGGCGUUCGUGACCGCCUCUAUCCCGAUCGUCGUCCCAUGGGCUAUCCCUUCGAUCGUUUGCCUCGUCAAAAUGCUGAACGUUUGGUGAACUUCUUGACUCCCAACAUGAGUGUUGUAGAUGUGACCAUCCGUCAUGACCCCAACAGAACUGUGAUGAGACAAUAAAACUGGCAAAAUAAUAUACGGCAUUCCAAUUUGAUCAAAGACUGAAAGAAUCUCCCUAAGCUACUUGAUACUCUAGUAUCGAUUUAUUCAUAAUCUAUAAGAAUAUAAAGGCCUUUAGUUCGUAAUCAUUUAGUAAUAAAA